AUGAGACGGCGCUUGGAGGACUCGUUCAUCCUUUUAGCCUCGGCAGCCCUCCUGUCUUCCGUCACUGCGAGAAAAGGGAUCGGUAAGAACCGCAACAAAAGAAAAGAAACAAUUGACAAAUUACGAAGUAUACUUACUCUCGGCAGGAUCGACCAGCUGGGCCCGGAUCAAGUUGGUGGUGAAGAGGAACUGCGGAUACACCCUCUCCUCGGCAGGGACUUUCCUCCUCACUCUCUCCACCUGCUGAAUCUCGGCCUGCGUUGCGAUCGGCUGCUUCAGCUUGCCAACAAGAAGAAGAGCAAGGAAGGGUUACUUACGGUAAACAGAUAA